GUGGAGAUAGAGCCGCUGCCGCCUUGAACCGAGAGUUGGGCUCGCCCGAGAGCAUGGGGGUAACGAUGGAGAGCGACGGCAGGCGGAGCCAAGGUGCGGGGCCGGGGGGCGGCGGGCGGGGCCUGCCGGCGUUGGGGCGCGCUACUGCCCUGUCUUCCUCGGCCUUCCCGGCCGUGGGGGUGCUGAGGGGCGGCCCUCUCCAGAAUGGGGCCGGAGCCGGGUGGGUCUGCUGGCGUAUUAGGAUGGUAAUGGCGGCAGUGCUGCCGGAGGCCGAGCCCACAGCCUGCCCCGCCGUGCGGGGCGCGGCUUGCCGCAGCCGGGAUCGGGGCGGCCCGUGUUGAGCUGGGCUGUUCAGAACCAUUCGGGCGUUUGCCCACGGGGAGCACAGCUCGGCAGCGGCCUCCAGGCGGGUGAGGGGCUAAAGGUUCAACCUAGAAACGUGGCCGCUAAAGCGUCCGCCUUAAAGGCAGCGUCGCUGCGGUGCUCCUGCCUUUCAACGGCACUCAGCGCUGCUGUGUCAGUGCGGUGUCGGAUGGGCAGAGAGAGCGGCCUCGUUGUCAGUAUGAAUCUCUGCGCCCUUGGGGAUCAGCGUUUCUUCUUUUCCAAAGCUGUGAAUGAAUACCCAGCUGUGGUCAUUCCCAGAUGUGGUCCAGCAAGUCCAUUUAAAGGACAGCUAAGUACUAAAAGUAAUGCUUUCUGCAUUGACUCCUCCCGAAGUCUGACUAAGCAGUACCUGAUCAGAGAUCACUUGAUGUUUCAUUAUAACAGAAUUCUUUCAGCCAAAGCAGCUGUAGACUGUUCAGUGCCCAGAAGUAGUCUGAGCAGCAUUAAACUUGCUGACCAGCAGAGAAGAGAGAAUCUGAAAAAGAAGAUAGCCAGGUAUGAAAAAGAAAUGAGUGUGGGCAAAAGUGCCUCACGAUCCAGCUCAAGAGAGAGUGGAAGGCUGCUGUCAACAUCUUUUGGAAAGAGUCCCUUGGAAGUAGAAGAUAAAGACAAUCUGUUCUCCUGUGCUGAGCACACACCAUACCUGUCAAGAGCACUCUCACCUUAUGGUGAGCUUGGCUUGCUUCACUCCAGUCCGGUGAAACGUGCCAGAAAACAUUCUCGGAAUAGAUCUAAUGCAUCUUACUCAAACUCGAGUGUCAGUAUGUCAAGCACACCAAGAAAACGCUCCGGAGUUUCAAGCCGUUGCUCCUCUGAUAGCUUUGUGAGCAUCAGUCAUUCUCAGAGGCGUCAGGAAAGGAGCUCCACAACAUACAGUGGGGAUCUUCUGGACAGGCACGCAGAAUUGUUUACCAAUAGCCAGAAACCUUUUACUCCACGCACCUUAAUAUCAGAUGCUAAAUCUGCCCUGCUUGGGUAUAGGUAUUACACUGCUGCUCAAAGGCAAAGGAAGAAGCACUGCAAGCAGAAUGUGGAAGUUGAAACGCAGACUGAUGUGAUCAGCGUUCCAAAUACAGAUAAAGCAUCUGAGAGAAAAGUUAUGACUGAGCAGCGGAAGAUGACAGUGAAGACUGAAGAUAAAAUAUACAAUAUGGAUGAGCCUGAGAGAGGAAUAGCUGCUUUUCCAUACUCCUUUCUAAGAGAGGCAUCGUUAUAUGCUGAGCAGCCUUCAGCGAGGAUGAAUAUCGAGGCUGUGGAAGAAGAUGACCAUUUGUAUUUAACUUUCAUUGAAGAUGUAACAAAUGAAAUUCUUAACAUUGGGCUGUUUUCUAACAGAGUUCUGGAGCAAUUGUUCGAGUGUCAUAUAGAAGAAUAUAAGAACCGUUUGGAUGAGAGCAAAAUGCGGCACCUGUUGGAUGUGCUUAAAGCAGACCUUGGCUGCAGCCCAGGCAGUGGUGCAGAGCAAAUCCGUGCAGGCUGGGAAGCCUUUGAGUUGCUGGAUCUGGGAAAGUUUAAUAUGAUGGAACAGCUUGAGUUUUCCAGUAGAAGUCGGAGGCAAGGAAAAGCUACCAGAAGUGAAGAGUUCUUUAAGACCCUGGAUUUAUUAUUAAAGGAACCAAGCACAUGUGAAGUGCCACUAUGCAGUGAAAAUUCAAAGAAGACAGAGAGCAAGGGUGACUUUUCAGAAGAUAUUGAUGAAAUGAUGAAUGCUGAAACAGAGUCUCAUGUUUGUGUGAAAUCUGAAGACCCAGAUGCUUCACCCUCAUGUGAGGAAACUCUAAACUUGAUUACUUGUGACAGUGAUUUGGAAGCCAACAAGGAACUUGAUGAUCUUGAGGAAAACUUUGCAGAGGUCCUUCAGAUCGCACAUGACCACUCAUUAUAGUGGCCAAAAUGUAGCUGUUGAAUAGGGAGGAAACUAUUUUUGUAGACAAUUGCUAUUCACUAAAUAAACAGAAGUAAAUUGUUUAUCUUCAGGUGUGUUUUAACGGAAUCACUGAAUUUUCUUUAGUAAUUUAUUACAGAUCAGUGAGCAUUUCUGUACAGUCUACAUCAGUAAAGGGUAAAAUGACUGUUAAAAAAUACUUUAUAUAUUUUGUCUAUAAAUGUAUAGCCCAGAACUAACUUUUGAGAAUAUUAAAAUUAGGUGUAUAUUUUAUAGAAAGCUGCAGAGUAAGUUAUGAAAUAUUUAUUGUUUUUAUUUGUGACAAAUAAAUUAAUUGGUGACAUUUCUAGUA